AUGAUACCCAACUACUUUCACAGUAUCUUCAAGUCGGCUCAGACACUGCCAGAGUACUUUGGGUUGGAUUUUGAUGAGCUAGAUUUGUGCGCACAAGAUAAGAACGCCUUGAAUGAAUUAUCACAACAGAUACUAGUAGUCAUCAGCAACACAACUGGAAGUAUUUAUAAAAGUAAACUUGAUUUUACUCCAGGAAUAAACGGUGACACUAUGGAAGAUGUGCUGGCAGACAUUUGUGUCUAUAUUCUCUCAAACUGGAAGACUAGCAAUGUUAUCGCUACUGGAUGUUCAUUGGCACCCGAUAAGAGGUCCGUUCAGAUGAAGUUUCAUAACACCUUGUUGAGCCAAAUCAUAUCAAACAAAGCUUGGCAUAUACUAUUCACCUGUGUGAAUCGACAGGACUUUUGCAGUCUCUUUCUCAAGGCUGUUGUUCUGCAUAGACUCCCUCAAGGAGCCUAUUUUCAGCUUGCAGGUACUCCAUUAUUGCUCAAAGACGUUGCCCUGAAACCAAAGCCUAGUAAAUCAAUACAAAUGCCAGUGGAUCAGUACAUGUCUACCUUUCUAUUCGACAUUGCUUCCAACUACAAAAAUAUACCCAAAUACCUCGAUACUCUUUUGUUUUCUAAAAAGCGUCGGAAAUCUGCUUCAGAUAACCAACAUACAAAUAAAGCGCAGAAACUAUCUAGAAGACAAAAGAAGAAGCUUAAACAAGCCAACACUUCCACCAUGACGACAGCGCAUCAACCCAGCAAAAGAGCAGUUGCCAUUGACAGAUCACAGUUAUUUUAUAGCACCAAAAAUGCUGAUCUGUCGACGAGCAAUGCCAUGAUGAACUUGCCCAAAAACAACGUACUGAGGAUGGCCAAAACAACAAUACUGGAUGAUGAAUUUCUCAUGUAUUGCAUGUCCAAGAUAUUCCCUCGAGAAUUCAACAGUCGAAACAAGACAAAAAAGUUUCUCAAGAGAUGUCAAUCCGUGCAAAAUAUAGUCAAGGAGAUACAAACUAGACAUAAUAGAAUGCAUUGCUCACAAAUCCUGAAAAGACGAUGCCCGAAAAAGAUGCUGAUUGAUAAUAUCACCAGAGCAGCCACCCCACACUACGAGGUGUUUGAGUUCGUCAAGGAACUCAUCAGAAGGACAUUUCCAUUAGAGUUUUGGGGAUCGCAGCACAACCUAGACAUUAUCUACAGAGCCACCAAACACUUUAUAUCACGCCGCAGAUUUGAAAAGCUAUCCAUGACCGAGAUUAUGCAUGAAUUCAAGGUACUCGAUUGCAAAUGGUUGGCACCCUCUCAAAAGCAAAGAAUAGUUCCAACUGAUCUGCAAAAGAGAAAAGCGAUACUUCAGCAAGCAUUUUACUGGUUUUUCAACGACUUUAUAAUGCCUACACUCAAGUCUUUCUUCUACAUCACUGAACACAGCAAGCAUGGAAAAGAAGCCUUCUAUUAUCGCCGAGAUACAUGGCAUUCCAUCAUCGCGCCAAGCAUGGAAAAGCUGAUAGAAACGAAUUAUUUCAAAGAGAUGCGAGACACAGAAAUGGAUCUGGGCCUGGGUGCAGGAAAAAUUAGAUUCGUACCCAAAGAGAGAGGAUUGCGUAUGAUUACAAAUAUGAAAACUGCUACCAGACUUGUCUCAAGUACCACCGAUGAAAGUUUUCAAGAGCAAAAAGUGAAUCCUAACGCCAGAUUAGAAACAGCUUUGAAUGUGCUUCAUUAUGAAAUGGAACGCAAUUCAGACAUCAUGGGUAGCUCAGUAUUAGGUAGACAUUCCCUGUACAAAAGAUACAAAUCAUAUAUCAAAACUGUACUACCUACUACAUCCAAAUUUUACUUUGUCAAGGUCGAUAUCAGCAACUGCUUUGAUAACAUUGAUCAGUCAAGACUACUGGCCAUUUUAGAAGACAUUCUGAAAUCAGGUCAGUAUCUGUGUAAAAGUAUUGCGUCCGUUCGGCCAUUUGCAGGCAAGUUCCUUCAAAAAAGUCUUCAGUCGUACGGUUCAAGUGAUGAGGCAGCUAGUUUUAGUAAAUUUGGACGUAAAUCAAAAGAUAUUCGGCCUGGGUCUAUACUGGUUGAUCAGGGUUCGUAUACAUUUACUGAUACACAAGAGUUGUACUAUCUCUUGAAAGAGAAUAUAGCUUCAAGUGCUGUCAAGUUUGGUGAUAAAUAUUAUAAACGUCAACAUGGCAUUGCUCAAGGAUCUCGACUGUCAACACUUUUAUGCAGCUUCUUCUUUGGCAGGCUGGAGCAAGAGAAGCUCGCUUAUCUAAAAGAAGACAAGCAAGGGAUUCUGUUCUCCUACAUUGAUGAUUUCUUGUAUAUAACUAAAGACAAGAAUUAUGCUGUGCGAUUUCUGGAUACAAUGACUACUGAUCUAUCUGAUUUCAGAGUGUCCGUCAACAAGGAUAAAUGCGUAACAAACCUCUAUAAUGACAUGUCUGAAUUCUCGUGGAUUGGAAUGAUCUUUGACACCAAGACUUUAAAUGUCCAUAUUGACAAGUCAAAAAGGCAGAGAUCAGAUGUAGCAUCCUUCAUGACAGUAGAAUACAGUCGCAAGCCUUUCAAGGCACUACUCAACAGCGGCGUAAGAGCUAUCAAAUCCAAAUUUUAUGACAUAUUGAUGAACAGCGAAAUCAACUCCAAGCAAUCCAUCUCAAGGAACCUGUAUGACAACUUUGAAUUUGCGGCAUUAAAGAUAGAAUGCCAGGUAAAAGCCUUAUCAAACAGCAUCAUGGGGUUUGUCAACGAAAAGUGCCUUUUGAGCAUCGUUAUUCGGCUAGGACAAAUUGUGAUACCUUUGGCGCCUCAUGGCAUUAGCAAAUCUGAAAUUUUACAUUUACUAUUUCUAGCAUUUUAUAACGUAUUUCGAAGACGACAAUCUAAAUACCCUCAUCUAACCAUGUACUUAAAAGCUACAGCGAAAAGAUAUCACAGAUCCAUUAAAUAA